CCUGCCCGCAAUAGGUAUUUUCCAGUCACGCUCACUUUCGUCUGAACUCUUGUGCUCAAAAGCUGCAAAGCAUUCCCGUACACUAUUCUCACUCGAUACUAGCUGAUACCACUGCACAUCAUCUUUUAUGUUUGGAUACUUUGUUCUUGCAUCAUGCCUCGAACCUCAGGAGCUGCGGUGCCUCAGCCAUCUCAGGAAAAGACUGAGGAUCCAGUCACGGUCUUAGUAACGGGCUUUGGACCCUUUCUAGAAAAAUAUCCCGUCAAUUCCUCCUGGUCAAUAGCGAGCACCCUCCCAGCAAUCCUCCCCGCAACGCCACUCCACCCAACGCCAAUACGAAUUAUCGUUCACCACGAACCUAUCCGUGUCGCAUACCACAGCGUCACCAAUAUCAUUCCCGCCAUCAUAGACUCUUGCGUCCCAAAACCGGAUAUCGUCUUCCAUAUCGGCCUCGCGGCCGGCCGCACCUUCUACACUCUUGAGCGCGGUGCCCACCGCACCGGCUACAAUUCCAUCCCCGACGUCGAUGGUAAGCUCUUCUCCGAAGCUGAAGUGGCCGCGCGCUGGCCGCAUCUCCCUCCCAUCCUCAAAACCGCCUUCAAAACCGACGACGUGUGGCGGCGGUGGCGAGCGCAGCUGCCAGAUUCCAACGUCGAUAUUAGGCCGAGCGAGGAUGCGGGGAACUUCAUGUGCGGGUUUAUUUAUUAUAAUACCCUGGCGCACUUUUACCAGCAAAAGGAUGAGGAGCGCCCGGUUACGUUUCUGCAUGUGCCGAAUCUGCCGACGAAGAAGGACGUCGACCAGGGGCGGGAUGUAGCGUGCGCGCUGAUCAGGGCGAUGGUAGACAGUAGACGCGAACAUGGGGUUACAGAUGGGAUUGCGGAGAAGUUAGUCAAUCGGGCAGCGGAGAUUAUGGUAGAAAAGGAUGAGGGGCCGAAGACUGAUGUGAAUUUUGUGGCCUGAGCGAGUAGAGGUAGGAAGAGGAAAGAGAAGGAAAAUAUACGAGGUAUCAAAGAGCAGGGUGGAAGGGGCAGAUAGUCUUCGUUUCUUUUUUGUACAUUUUUAUGGUCGGUUGGAUACUGGGAUACUGGAUACGUCAUUGACUCAUGAGUAAAAGUAUUAGUUCGCGACUGGUUCCGUUGCUUCC